GGGGUGCGUGGGGUGCGUUUGGGGUGCAGCGGGAACGCAGGGCGGCGAGGACAGGGGAAGGGACCAACUCCUCGUGGGGCUUUCCGCCGUUGGCACGGGGGCGAGCGUGGGCUGCGGCCCCGUCCCAGCCUGCUCACGGCCGGCCGCGGGGUUUGGGGCCGUUUGGCCUUAGCGGGAGAUUAAACACCCGCCGUCACCACCCAUCGCAGGCACGGCCCAGGGCGGUGCCGGUUCCGCUCCCCCGUCUCCUCCGCGGGUCUCCUCUCCCCUCCCGGCCCCGCCGUGCUCCGGCCGGGGGGGGGCCCGGGGCCAUGGUGCUGCUGCGGGCUGGGCUCUGCCCCGGCCUCAGCCGAGCGACCGUCCAGCUCCUCGGGGCGAACGGCGUCAGGACGGUGGUGGACUUUGUGUCAUCAGACCUGGAGGAUGUUGCCCAGAAGUGUUCCUUGUCUUACAAGGCACUGGUUGCAGUAAGACGUGUUCUCCUGGCCCAGUUCUCUGCCUUCCCCACCAAUGGAGCAGACCUCUAUGAGGAACUCAAGAGCUCCACAGCCAUCCUGCCCACUGGGAACCCAAGCCUGGACCAGCUGCUGGACUCGGGGCUCUACACAGGGGAAGUGACAGAGCUCAUGGGAGCACCGGGCAGUGGGAAGACACAGGUGUGCCUGGGCGUUGCAGCCAGUGUGUCUCUUGCCCUCAAGCAGCACGUCCUCUUUCUCGACUCCACAGCGGGGUUCACUGCCUCUCGUCUCUACCAGAUGCUUCAAGCCCAGGCGGGGGACAAGGAAGAGCAGCUGGAGGCUCUGCAGCGCAUCCAGGUGGUCCGUGUGUUCAACAUCUAUGAAAUGCUGAGCGCCUUGCAGGAGCUGCGGGAUCGCCUCUCCCAGCAGGUGGUGAGCAACGUGGGACCUUUCAAGAUUGUGGUGAUCGACUCUGUCUCGGCUGUGAUUUACCCACUGCUGGGCGGCAAGCAGUCCGAGGGUUUGGCCAUCAUGAUGCAGCUAGCCAGGGAGCUGAAGACACUGGCCAGGGAGUUCAGCCUUGCUGUUGUGGUGACUAACCAGGUGACAAGGGACAGCAGCACCAGCUCACUGAAGCCAGCCCUCGGCCGCUCCUGGAGUUUUGUGCCCAGCACCCGGGUGCUGCUGGAGAGCAAAGAAGCCACCUGGGAGAAAGCCACCGCGCAGCGCGUCGCUUCCUUGGCAAAGUCACCCCGGCAGCCAACAGGGAUACAGGUGGAGCUGGAUCUCGGAAACAGUGAUGUGCAGGAGCUGAGCCCAGCAACACCUGCACAGGGUCUCUGAUGCAGGUGGAAAAGCAAAUGUCAAGGUCCAAGAAAGCUGCAAAAAAAGCAGGCAAGCACACUGAACAUUUUACAGACUGCCUUAGAGCCCUGCAGCCCUGGGAAGGAACAACACGAAGAAGCUCUUGUUCUGUGCUGGGGAGAAAAUGACUGUGGGGUUCCCUGGAGAUCCCCUUGCUGUGGCAGAUGCAGCCCACGCUGGCUGGGCUGUGUGGGCAGCAUGACAGCCAGGUCUUCUCCUCUGCUGCAGGCUUGUCCUCAACCAGCAGAGCCAGCCCUCUCCUAAGGUGUUGGCUUGGGACCAGCUGUCAGGUCCCUCACAAGCCCGUGACUCCAUGGUGGGUUUGUUCCCCCUGUAACUCGCCGCCCUCUGGUCCCAGAGCUCUGAUCGUCCUGGGGCAGCCCCCAGUGGUGGUGGUUCAGAGAAAUAAAAACAAGAUGUUUCAUCCUGCUGUGGUGGUUGAGAGCUGGAAGGCGAUUAAUGGUGACUGCUGUUAAUUAAAAUUUUGAGGCUUAGACCCUAGCAGCACUAGGGUGGGAGAGGCUGUUGAUGAGCAGGGACAUAAUUGGAUGCUUGAUCUGACCUUCUCCCCAGAGUAACCCCAGACCCUAUAGGGAGCUGCUCAGGCACUACUGUGCUGCAUAAAGAAUUACUGUUAAUUGAUGGUUAUGAUCUGGAUCAGCUGGGGUGGAUGAGUCCUGACUGAUACCAGCUGGUCCCAUCUGUUGCUCAAGGACCUACUCAAUUGCAUGUGGUGAAGGUUAAAAUAAUCUCCUUGCUCCAGAGCUUUCCAGCUGAUCUUGCUUGCUCUGGGCAACCUCCUGGGGGGCUCAAGCAGUGCUGGGGAGGAGACAGGAGGCUGGGAUGGAGAAUGGCCUCUCCUUUUGAUCCCACAUGUCUUAGACACCCUCAUCCUCUGCUUAAUAAGAAACCUCCUUGGCACGUGAACUGAGCUAGAGCUUGUACUUCCAAGGCUGCUGCUGUAGAUCUUGGGGGCUGGGACUCAUCAGGGCAUAUCUGUCAAACUAAUAAUGCAGCAGUACAGGUCCUGAAGCCUUCUAAGGAGUCUGAUUUAGCCAGAACUUGGGUGCUAAUUUCUCCAGGGUAGACAUAACACUGUACAGCCCUGUAUUCCUGGGCAAAUAGCUGGUGUAGGGAAGGGGCAGCUAAAAAGGGUAUGUGAAUGCACAUUCUAGUUUCCCCAAGCCAGUGCCAGGUCUCAGCACAGACUUUUGUUUUGCACAUCUGUCAGAGCUGUGCUUCCUGUGAAAUCGAGCUCUUGGUGUUCCCAGGGCUGUGAUUUAUGGGGCAAGUCCCACCUCCAUCGUGGCCACCCAGCUGCUGUAGCCCCGAGCAUGUGGCUGUGAGAAAGGCUACGCUCCCAGCAAGUCCUGCCCGAGGAGGGGAAUGUGCCAAAGCAGCAUGAGCUAUACCAUUGAACAGUGUUCAGUAAAAAUAAAUGUAUUUUAAAGUUGUGUAUUUAUUUGCAUUUCUGGGCUUUCCAAACUUGGAAGGGGAGGUUUGGCCCCAGGAAUUGCAGCCUGGCUGGUUGGGGCAAGGAGGAGGAGGAUGGUUUUCCUGUCUGCUGGAGACCUGUGCUGAUGUGGCUGGUCCUUACAAGCCAAACAUUUAGCUUUUUUUGUGUUUCUCGAAGCUGUGAAUAAAGAGAUGGUAGACACAACUUUCAACCCAAA